AUGCUGCAGCCACAGCAGCGGCAGAGGGAACCAGCGGCGGGGAGCAGCAGCAGCAUCCUUUGCCUGCGCGGCACGGCCUUCCCUCGCUCAGUGACGGCCGCAGCAGGACAUCUGGAAGUUGAGAAGCAUUGUUCUGCAGCGGCCGGUGCCAAGCGAGGGAAGGCCGUGCCACAGCAGCAACCACCCCCUUCUUCAGUACUGGGUGACACCUGCAGCCACCGCUCUGGGCCCCAGAGCAAUGGCAAACAGCUCGCCCCCAGAAGUGACUGCCACGGCAUCCCCUCACAGGGCACAAGACGGCGUGGGCAGGAUGCUGGUGUUCAUCGCUGCAGUAAGAGUUCUUCAGUGAGGAGAACACACUCAAGUGGAGGGCGCUGCUUGUGCUCUGAAGAAGGUGAGGAAGGGGCGCUGGAUGUUUGUGGGGAAGAGAUCCAGAAAGGCUGGCCUGGGGGGCGGGGAGAGAAGCUGACUGGCUCCUCAGAGAGAGAACUUUUGCCUUCCUUUCCUCCCCCCCCCACUUGAACUCCCCCUGGGGGGCGGGGAGAGAAGCUGACUGGCUCCUCAGAGAGAGAACUUUUGCCUUCCUUUCCUCCCCCCCCCCACUUGAACUCCCCCUUCACACACCCCGCAUGCUUGUCCCUCCAAUGGCAAUGGGUAGAUCACUGCCAGUUUUUUAUACUGGGUAGUAGAUUGCAGCCAAGAAGAUCAAACCGAUCCAUUCUGAAGGAAAUCAGCCCUGAGUGCUCACUGGAAGGACAGAUUGUGAAGCUGAGGCUCCAAUACUUUGGCCACCUCAUGAGAAGAGAAGACUCCCUGGAAAAGACCUUGAUGUUGGGGAAGAUGGAGGGCACAAAGAGAAGGGGACGACAGAGGACGAGAUGGUUGGAUAGUGUUCUCGAAGCUACCAGCAUGAGUUUGACCAAACUGCAGGAGGCAGUGGAAGACAGAAGUGCCUGGCGUGCUCUGGUCCAUGGGGUCACAAAGAGUCGGACACGACUAAACGACUAAACAACAACAACAACAGAUUGCACCCUGGUCUAUUGCUUUCAUUUUAUGGAUCAAUGGCCUCGCUAGAUAGUAAAAUUCAUGUCAAAUUGCUGUUUUAGGGGUUGUUUUUAAAAGUCUGGAACGGAUUGAUCCAUUUUGCAUGACUUUCUAUGGGAAAGCAUGCCUUGGUUUUGGAACACUUUGGUUUUGGAAUGGACUUCCUGAACAGAUUAAGUUGGAGAACCAAGGUACCACUGAUUCAAACAGAUGGAAAGCUCUUUAAUUUGAGUAGGCUGAAAGCAAAGAAUAUCUUCCAUAACUUUCGUUAUAGAGCUUCAGUAUGCUGAUGACAAUGUAGUCAUCAUCAUACUGAUGACUCAGAGGAUGACUUCUAAACCAUCCUAAAUAUCUUUGCAGAAGCUUACGGAAAGCUUGGCCUAUCACUCAACAUCCAAAAAACCAAAGUGCUGCAUCAACAAGCACAAAACAACCCCUCUGCAGUACCACAAAUCAAUCACUUCUCCUACCUAGGCAGUUAUCUUUCCACAAGGGUCAACAUUGAUGCCGAAAUCCAGCAUCGCCUGAGCUCUGUGAGUGCAACUUUCUCCUGAUUGAAGUGCAGAGUGUUUGAGGACCAGGACAUUCGCAGGGAAACCAAAAUGCUUUUUUACGAAGCUAUUGUACUAUCAACCUUACUAUAUGCUUGUGAAACAUAGACCACUUAUAAACGCCAUCUCCAACUCCUCGAAAGAUUCCAUCAACGGUGUCUCUGAAAAAUUUUACACAUCACUUGAGAAGACAGGCGAACCAAUGCCAGUGUACUGGAAGAAACAAAGAUUUCUUCCAGUGUUGAAGCAAUGAUUCUUCAACAUCAACUUGGUUGGACUGAUCAUGUUGUGCGGAUGCCUGAUUAUCAUCUUCCAAAAGAACUACUCUAUUCCGAAUUUUAAAAUGGAAAGCGUAAUGCUGGUGGUCAAAAAAAGAGGUUUAAAGACUGUCCAGUUCUGGGCACCACAGUUCAAGAAGGACACUGACAAACUGGAACGUGUCCAGAGGAGGGCAACCAAAAUGGUCAAAGGCCUGGAAACGACGCCUUAUGAGGAACAGCUAAGGGAGCUGGGCAUGUUUAGCCUGGAGAAGAGGAGGCUAAGGGGUGAUAUGAUAGCCAUGUUCAAAUAUAUAAAAGGAUGUCAUAUAGAGGAGGGAGAAAGGUUGUUUUCAGCUGCCCAAGAGAAGCGGACACGGAGCAAUGGAUCCAAACUACAAGAAAGAAGAUUCCAUCUAAACAUUAGGAAGAACUUCCUGACAGUAAGAGCUGUUCGACAGUGGAAUUUGAUGCCAAGGAGUGUGGUGGAGUCUCCUUCUUUGGAGGUCUUUAAGCAGAGGCUUGACAACCAUAUGUCAGGAGUGCUCUGAUGGUGUUUCCUGCUUGGCAGGGGGUUGGACUCGAUGGCCCUUGUGGUAUCUUCCAACUCUAUGAUUCUAUGAUUCUAUGAAAGACCCUCUCAAGGCAAAUCUUAAAAAAUGCAGCAUAAACACCAACAAUUGGGAAACACUGGUCUGCGAGUGAUCUAGCUGGAGAACAGCCUUUACCAAAGGUGUUAUGGGCUUUGAAGACAUUGGAACUCAGGAUGAAAGGGAUAAAUGUUCUAAGAGAAAGGUACGUUUGGCAAACUCUCACCAUGAUCAACUCCCGUCCAGAAAACUAUGUCCCCACUGUGGAAGGACGUGUGGAUCCAGAAUUAUUUGACCUGGAGGUGAUCUUGUGUACACUAUUUUAGAGUCUGAUUCCGAACCAUAUAGCACAUAAACACCCCACAAAAUCUCUUAUCCCAGACAGUGAAAACUGAGCUGGAAAAAGAACAUGACAUAACAAACAUUGUGUGGUAUGCACAAAUGAUUCCAGUUAUCAAGAAAAACAUGGAAAUACGUAUUUGUGUCACCAAAGCUUUUAAGCAUCCACACAGUUAGUUUUGUUACAUUUAUUUACGGGGGGGGGGGACCUGCAAAGUGGGGUCUGGAACAGACACCCUUGGAUGUGUCAGCUCCAUUCACAGUAGCCAAACACUGGAAGGAUAUGAAGGGAGGGACAGUCGAUCACUGGCAUCACAAAGUUUCAUUUGUUGCCUUCCUUAGUUGAAGGGUUGACCUAAAGGAACCUCAGCAAAGUAUGAGUCCAAGGACAAGGCAAAAGAAAGAACCAAUAAUAUGGUGAGGAAGAGAAGGGUCUAGACUGGAGGUAGAGCAUUAAGCAAUGAAGGAUGCUGGCCAGAAGCCAGAGCAGCUGGUGGAAGCGAUUCUAACUAGGCAAUGAGAGAAAAAGGAGGGCUUUGCCGAAACAAUGAGUGGCAGAAACUAAAGAAAGGGGGAGAACAAGGGGAGAAAGAGGGAGCAGAACAUAUUCUGGAAUUCUCUGCAGUUGGCAAGGCUAACAUGGCACAUCAUCGGGUGUCCCAUAAAGCUAGGGAGUUUAGUUUAGUGGAUUCCAUCUAGGAGAGGAAGAGGAAAGAAAGAUGCAUGGCUGCAACUGCAUACAGCCCCUACCUCGGUGCUUGCCUAGCCCUGCCCUGUUUGUUGUCAUUUGAAGACAUGCAGAACUAUCCCAGAGUCUUGGGUCAUCAGAGCCAUUGUUUGUGCCCAUUGGGCUGGUUCUCUCCCCAGCAGAGUUGGCUGCCUCCAUGAGGCAACAACAAAACCUUGGCUGAACAAUCCUUGUUCCGGGAUUCUUCCUCUUAACCCAAGAGUGCCCAAAGCUGCUAUCCCCAAGGCUUAAGGUCCCUCUGUUCAGACAUACAAGCACUAUAUGCCAGGCCUUCUCUCCCCACCGCUUCUCCUUUCUGUAGAACCAUUCUGCCCUUAAGCUCUCUCCCUUCUUCCCUCUCAAGAGAAUUUCUUUCCAUCCUUCAAUCGGGGAAUUAUCAAUCCAUAGUUAAUGUCUCAAAGAGAAAUUCAGCAGACAAAGCAGGGAUGAGGAACCUGUAGUGCCCUCCAGAUGUGGUUGGACUCCCAUCAGCCCCAGUGAUUCUGCAUUCAGGUUGCAGUCCACCAAUAUCCAGAGGUCCACAGGUUUCCCAUCCCUGCCUUAAAGGUCUCCAUGGUUUGCAGGUUCCCCAUCCUCAGGCUCAAGCCUCUCUAGAAGCUCUGUCCUCUGAUCCUCCCAUUGCCCACUCUCCAUCUAUUAACUGUAGUUAAAAGAUGAGGAUUGUUACACCUGCGACAAAACCCUGAUGGCUCCUGGGUUUAGUAUUUUACCAAAACCAAGUAUUGUACAAGAGAGGUAAGAAGUUGUACACAUUACAUCACAAUCUGUCAGGGGGGAAACUGCUGCACUUUGUACCCGUGAAAGAGGCUGGCAUAAGACAUUGCACUUUCUCAGGCAAAGUACAUGCACCCAAGACUGAAAAUUCCAAAUUCAUCUCCCCUACAACUAAACAACAACAACAAGCACCCCAGUUUAUAAAGUGCCACCAUUUGCUGCUGUUGCAUGACACUCCAGAUCAUCUCCCUGAGCCAACUGCCUCACUCUGUUUAAUCGCAGGGCCAGCCAGGAUGUGUCAGUAUGGACAGAAAUCCUCAUUCUAUGUAACACAGUGAUCUUUGAGGGGGUUUUCCUUUGAUUUCAUUUCUUCAGCAGCUGGGAAUGAAACCUGAGCUGGAAACCCAGGACAAGGGGAAGUGUGGUUUCUUACCCUUUUCCUCCACUGAAAAUCAGCUCUCUCAACUGCUUUGACUCCCUCCAAGGAAAUACAUAUCUUUACUGAGCAAAAUAAAAAUGGCAAAUGUGUUACACAGAGGUAUGGAUGAAUCUGUCAGUUUUGCUUUCUCCCUAUUUCUGUUUUUUUUCCAAUCAAAAGUUCAGUUCUCCAUGUUUCUGUAUAGGUUUGUUUGUUUGUUAAAGUCCAUGUGGAAAUACCUCAGCAUUUUAAUGCAAAGUUCUCUUUAUAUAUACUUGUAUGCAAUUUCGCCUAAUGUACACAUUUUUGCAAAGCAAUAUCCCCAAUAUAAUGUAUUUUAUAUAUUAUGUGCAUGAAUUUUGUAAACACUUUACUCUAGUGUAAAUUUUGAAGGGUGGCUGUGUUUCAGUGUGUGUAUUGUUUUAGAAAGUAAAACUUUGGUAGGUUCACCUUUAAAUGUGAAUGGAAUUGGUUUUUUCUCUCAUCCCUCACUAUGCAUCAACUCAUAAGAAAGCCUUCUGGAUUUUGGGAUGCUAACUAUGAAAUGCUCUCCUCAUGGACUUCCCAAUGCAGAUCCAGAUGCUGCUGACUUCGAUGGCUAAAAGCAUAUGCCUUGACCAAAGCUUUUGGCUAACUGGAGAUGGGAGUUGAGUGCCCUGCCCUCACUGAUGUGAUGAUUUUUUGUCAAUUUGCUGUAUUUUGAUGUUUUUCUGUUUGAUUUUAAUGUCAUUUUGGUUUGGCAAUAUUAUCUUGUCUAUGCUGUUUUAUUGUAACAUGCAUCAGUCUGUAGUCAAUGUAGCUUGUGGGAUCAAAUCAACCCCGGGGUAAUGGCACCUCAAAGGAACUUGAGCAGCAGCUCCAGCCAAUUAGGACAUGGCUUGAGUGGAGAUCCCCACCCUAUAUGCUGGCACACUCUUGGGAGCGAGAUUAUUCUGUGCAGAACAGUCAGGGCAUAUGGUGCCCUUUAUCUUUGCACAGAAGGGAGGGUCUCUGCAACCUUGCCUUUUCUUGCGGGACAAGCUCCACCUGCCAACAUACAGCAUACCUGUUAAAGAGGCUAGGACCUGUGUCAUAAACAGAUGCUGAAGCUAUGCAAGAAACUUGGGGGGAUUCAUACUUGGCCAUGCAUUUUAGUUUGCUGUCCUAAUAUACACUUUAGCAGCUUAUUCUACUUAAGGCCUUUUAUCUCUUUAACAGUUGCACAAGGCAGAGAUGUUUGGCAAGUGUUGGGUUUUCAAGCCCCAGCAGCAGUGUGAGUGACAUGACAAUUAACACUUGCUACAAUCUCCCUCUACAAGGUACAAGGUCCAGUAGGACUAAUGCUCAAUGGGUUGGCCAGUGUUGGGAUUGCCUUACAUGACAAUCACUUGGGGUUGUUUAGCAGAGAAGCACUGAUGCAUUGGACUGUGUGAGUUUUGACAGAGUGGAUGUGUGUUCUAGGACUCAGUGAUUGGAACUUGCCAUUUCCAGGGGUUGAGGUGACACUAGCAUUUAGCCUAUUCCAUCAAGAGUCUAUUGGGCAGCUCCUCCUCUGCCUUGCAGGGUAUAAAGGACUGUGUUGUACUUGCAUAGCUGCCACUGUCAAGAUGGUGACACCCAGCUUGGCUCUUCUCUUCCUUGGCAUCAUAGCGGCCAAGAAUGAUGCCAUCAUCAUGGAGAGAUGCAAACUGGCAGCCAUCCUGAGGGACGAGGGCAUGGAAGGCUUUGCGGGCACCAGAAUAGAAGAGUGUGAGUGUCCCUUGUAUUGUUCUGUGUGUGCAUGGGUGCACGCAGGAAUGUAGAUUUGUGGGUGGGGAGGGGGCAGAAAUUUGGUUGGGUUCACAUUAUAAUGAGAACUCAUACUUCACUUGCACUUUCCCCAAACAUGUGAACCAAAUAGCAGCCAGCCUGAGAAAUUCGCACUUCUCCAAAUUUUGCAUUGCAGUUCUACAACUGACAAAUGAGUACAAAAUAGCUUAUGUUGGGGAAAGUGAGCCUAAAAAUGUGUAUAUACAUGAAAAUAAAUUAGCCAAGGUUGCUUAUAAAAUGUGCUUAUUAGGAGAAAUGUGCUCUAAAAUGCUGGUGAUUCUUCAGGGUUUAUUUAAGUGAAUGAAGACGUAGAAAUCUGGUAAACUGAACUGUAGAUUGGAAAAAAUGAUAAAUCAGUAGAUUCACCCAUCCCUGAUCAGUAGCCCCUGCAGUCCAAUAUUGCCUGGCUGGACCAUCCAGUCAGCAUCCUCUUCUCACAGUGGCCAACCUGAUGCCUGUGGGAAACCUGAAAGCAGGACCCAAGCACAAGAACAACACUCUCCCCUCCUGUGGUUUCCAGCAUUCAGAAGCAUCGCUGCCUAGGACUGUGAUGUGAAGCCACAAGGCCUAGCCGCCCUUGGGAUCGCUUUCCGCCUUCACACAUUCGUCUAUUCCUCUUUUAAAGCCAUGUCAGCUGGUGGCCAUCAUGCUUCCUGGGGGAGCAAGUUCAAAAUUAUAGCUAUGUGCUGUGUGAAGUACUUUUUUAAAAAAAAUCUGUCCUGAAUCUUCCAACAUUCAGCUUCACUGGAUGACCACGACUUCUAGUGUUGGGGGAGACGGGACCUUUCUCUAUCCACUUUCUUUGUGUCAUGCAGAUUUUAACUACAUUUGACAUGGUUCUCCCCUCUCCAUGAUAUCCUCACAACCACCCUGUGAGGUAGGUUAAGCUGAGAGACUGUGGCUAGCCUAAAGUCACCCAGUGAUGAUUGUGGAUGAGUGAUGAUCUGAACUCUUGUCACCCAACUCAAGAACUAUAUGCCAGUUUCAUAUCAUGUGUAAGAAUUUCAUCUAUUUCUAUACAGUGUUUACUUCCCUUUAGGCUACCCAAAAUUAUUAUCCAGGGGCAGCUGCUUAAUCCCCUCAUCCCUUCCCUUACCCUUCCUUAACCCUAUACAUUUGUAAUAUUUGUCAAUUGAUUUUCAAAGCAGCAGCCUUUUAAAUAACUCAUCAAUCUGUAAGAGCCUAUCUUAAAUGCUACGUCUGGGACCCGCUCCAGUUCUGUACAAUGAGGAAUCCAAAGCUGAGAUGUUUUACCUGCCUCAGGAGAACUUUAAUCUGUUUGCUCCUGCCUCUAGGGAUUUGUUUGGUGUCUCACACAAGUGGCUUCAACACAUCAGCCCUUAACGUGGGGCCAACGGCCAGCAAUUAUGGGAUCUUCUUACUCAGUGGGAGGUGGUGGUGCAGAGAUGCCAAGACCCUGGACACACGCAACCAUUGUAACUUGAGUUGUGGUGGUAAGACGUUAUAUCCUUACAACCUCAAUCCACUUUUUGUGGGCUUGUGGCUUCUGGAUGGAAAUAUAACCAGUGCUGGAGAUUGGUGAGGGAGCAGAGCUGCCCCAGACUUGUCAAGGGGCCCACUAGUGAAGUUCCCAUAUUGACUCUCACUUGUUGAUGGGCCCAAUGCCAAGGAAGAAGAGCUCCAGAGAUCCUUUGCAAUGGUGCAGGUGCAGGAGCACCAUUGCAAUGGUGCUGGAGCACCCCGCCAACCUUGCCCAUGCAUAGCAGCUCACAUACAAUGUCCAUGCCUCUGAAAAGAUUGAGUAAGUUCUUGGCUUCCUAGCCCUGUAAGUAAUCAGUGUGUAAUAAGGAUAAAGUGGGACAGCUUUUGCUAACCUGUAGUCCUCCGGAAGUUUUGGAUGACAGCUCUAUCAGCCUGGCUAGAUGGGAGAUGUCUUCCAAAACAUCUUGAGGACAACGGGUUGGCAAAGACUGGAGCAGGGGAUAUCAAGAUUCACACGGGCUGAACUUUUGUUCCCCAAUCAGCAGAAAGUAAUUGGACAAAAAGUACUAUCUUCGUACUCCUCUCAACUCCUCAAUAUAGCCAAAGAUCAGGGGUGAUGGGAGUGAUUUAUGGCUCAAAACAUUUGGAGGGCACCACAUUGGCUCCCCUUGAUCAAAUGCACUUUGAACUCAGGAUGACAUAAAUUGGGAGAAGGAAAGCUCAUCUCCCCACUGAAAAUACUUAGAAUAAUAUUUUUUAAAUAAUAAUUUUAUCAUUUAUACCCUGCUAUUUGGGCGUUAGAUCAACUUUCUGACCAAUUGUUAUUCAACAGUCUAUCACAACUUUUCUACGAUAGUCCCUUCUGCUUGCUGCAACCUAAACAUGAGGGUCCUUCUCUCAUUAGUUAACUCACACCAUGUAUUUAAUGAUAAUUACUUUUCAGCUCAUUCUCCGACUCUUCCCCCUCCCCGACUCUCAUCUUUCCUUCAGCUCUCCAGGAUGACAACAUUACAGAUGACAUUGACUGUGCAAAGAGGGUCGUGCAAGGAAAGAAGGGCUUCAAAGCAUGGUAA